GCAAUGGCUCCUCGCAAAAAGGCAAACAAGCGUGCCGUCAAACCCCCGAAUCCACGAAAGCGCCAUGCCAACCUCUAUGAUGCUAUUUAUGGGCACGUGACUCGCAACGGCAAAGCUGCCAAUUCUUCUGGAAGACGGCUGCGCGCCGAUGAAAUCCUCUUUAGGCGAAAAAAUGCGCCAGUCCGGUACAAAGAGUAUGAUUACUACUCUGCUCAUGAGAGACUUCCCCCAGGACAAGAGCUCCCAGACACACGUCUCACAGCCGCCCUGCACGUCCACAUGUCCCGCCUAUAUGCCAAGACGGUUGGACAGGCUAAGCAAGGGAUGCGCAAACCCAUGGACGAAACGGCGCUCAUUGCGCUUGGUAUUCUAAUGGAGGAGACGGCACGAGGUGUGCUUGGUGAAACUGGGGAUCUGGCCUUCACAGAGGCGACGGAUAAGGAUGAAAAGCGGGUUUUGACUCGUCAUUCGAAGCAGCAUGCGCAUCGAGAGAACAGGAGCAUUCCGUCUGGUAUGCGUGUUGUCAAGGAUGUGAGUGUGGGUCAUGGUAAGAAGCCUAAUGAGAAAGAGCAAGAUGGAUCGUCUUCGUCUAGAGUGACUUCACAAGAUGACUCGGAAGAUUGAGUGAAGGAUGUGUAGAGCGGUUUCAGACAGGAAACAUCCUAUCUGGGUGGUUCCUCGUGCUUGCCUCGCACGACAGUGGUGGGCUUAGCGUCAGAAUUCGGAAGGAAGGCACCUGCAAGCUGUCGCCUAGUCCAAGAUUUCGUAGCCUCUUCUAUACAAUCAUCGGUCGUAGUAAUCAAGUACUUACUACCUCGA